AUGGCACCCAAGACUUGGACGAAAGAGCAUUUCACGCUCAACACUGGUGCUAAGAUUCCCGCUGUUGGUCUGGGAACAUGGCAGUCCAAACCUGGCGAGGUCCGUGAGGCCGUCAAGGUUGCCCUGCAAUCUGGUUACCGUCAUAUCGACACUGCUCUUGCCUACGGCAAUGAGAAGGAAGUUGGCGAGGGUAUCAAGGACUCUGGUGUUCCCCGCGAGGAGAUCUGGGUUACCACGAAGCUGGACAACCCAUGGCACAAGCGUGUGGAAGAUGGCAUUAACAGCUCACUGAAGAGCCUUGGACUCGACUACGUUGACCUGUACCUUAUGCACUGGCCAUCGUCCACCGAUCCUGAGGAUUUGAGCAAGCAUUACCCCGACUGGGAUUUCCGUGACACAUGGGCUGAGCUCCAGAAGCUUCCUGAGUCUGGUCGUGUCAAGAACAUUGGUGUCUCCAACUUCGCCAUCAAAAAUCUCGAGAAGCUGUUCGCCGACUCAAGGUUCAAGAUUACACCUGCUGUGAACCAGGUCGAGCUUCAUCCUAACAACCCCUCACCCAAACUCAUCGACUACCUCAAGGAGAAGGGCAUACAUGCUACCGCCUACUCCUGCCUUGGUUCCACCGAUUCGCCUCUCUACAAGAACGAGGAGCUGAAGAAGCUGGCCGAGAAGAAGGGCAAGACCGUCCAGCAGGUUCUCCUUGUCUGGGGCCUGCAACGUGGUUCUAGCGUCAUUCCCAAGUCGGUCUCUGCUCAGCGCAUUCAAGCCAACUUCGAGCUCGACGGUUGGGAGCUUACCGAUGAUGAGGUCAAGGUGAUUGACUCGUUGCCUGAGCGCUUUAAGGUCUGCGGUGACUCUUGGCUACCUGUCAAGGUCUUCUUCGGUGAUGACGAGUAA